GACGUACUAGACGCUCAAUGGUUGGCCUGGAUAUCUGAGUUUAAUCAACUCGAAUCUCUUGCUGAGUUUUCCCUCAAAGCUACCCAGAAUAAUAUUGCUGCCCAGCAUACAGGAUGCACGCUUGAGGAAUUAAGAAUACGGCGAAAUUGGAGAGCUUUCUCUGUAGAGGAAAAGAAGGCAUACAUUGAUUCUGUGCUUUGUCUACAGUCUCUGCCGUCGCGAACUCCAAACGAGUUGGCAAAAGGAGCAAGGCCUCGGUAUGAUGAUUUCGUGGCUACUCACAUUAAUCAAACUAACAUUAUCCACCGUUCGGGCAUAUUUGUAGCCUGGCACCGAUACUUUAUCCAUGAGUUUGAGUUGGCAUUGCAGGAUGAAUGCAAAUAUAGCGGAGAUUAUCCACGUCAACCAGAAGAAUAUAUGGUCCUUAUCAAUACUGACUGGGAUUGGGGUGCAGAUGCCGAUUCUAUAGAAAUUUCACCCGUUUUCAAUGGGAGUGAUACAUCACUAUCUGGAAAUGGAGAAUACAUCCCCAAACAAAAAGGUAUCAGGGUUCCAGUUGGAAACUAUUCGCCUGUUUUCCUUCCACCAGGCACCGGAGGCGGCUGUGUCACUGGUGGACCCUUCAAAACUACACAGUCAGCAUGGGACCAUCAUACCUCUCAAUACCAGGCGAUGACAUAG